CUUCAAUUGGUCCUACUUAUUUCCAAAGUAAGAAAUAACAUAAUCUAAUAUAUUAAUGAUAUAGGACUAUUCUAUGCAUUGUCAACUAACUGAUUUUGAGUUGAAAGUUCAUACCCACAAAUCGGGUGAUUCAUAUAGUUUUGUUAAUUUUUAUUAUCUAAAUAUUAAACAAAUAACUAAACGCAUAGACAUAAAUACUUUGGUUUUUGAUAAAAGAGGAGAUGCAUUUUUCUUGAAGCUGUGAAAAACUGAAAAUAGAGUGGGUCCCAUGGCUUGAUUAAAUGUAGGAGAAAGAUAAGAUCUAAAAGAGAUGACAGACGAGAUAAGAUUCUUGGACAAAGUGCAAUUCGAUUUGUGUAAUCAUCGGAAAUGUGGAGUUUAAAAGCAUAUUAAAUUCUAAAUUUGUAAGAUUAUGAUGUAUUCAUAUAAUAUAUACUCCACAAAUUAAAAAGAAAAUAUUUAUAAAUUGAAGUUAAACUGACACUGUUAUUUAAUUCGAACGGCCAAUUUGUUUAGUUGGAUUUUAGUAUUUUACCAUUGUGGUGUGUCACUUGCAGUUACCAAAAAUCAACUUAGUGCUAAAAUAUCACAAUUAUCAAACUGCUUAAUGAAUUUAAUCCGAACCGAUUUGUAGUGCUGGAUUUCACCAUCGUAAUGUGUCACUGGUGAUUACCAAAUUUUUAACAUACAUGAUACACCUAUAGUAUUGUAUACAUCAUGGCACCAUGGCGCAAGCAUGGUUAAUAGUGGCAAAAGGCUGUCUACCAUUAUCUACAUUUUUAUAUAUUUUUGACGGUCGAUAUAUUAUUACUUUUUGAGAUUUCUUUUUAUAAAAUGAAUAUGGUGGAUAUUUUUUUAAAAAGAAUACUGUGGAUAUCUAAUAUUUAUUUAAAAAGAUGAAUAUGGUGGAUAUCUAAUAUUUACGCAUAACCGUUUGAUAUUUUACGAAGAAAAAAUGUUAUAUUUUUUUUACAAUUUUUUAUAUCUAGGAUUGUAUACAUGUAGUAUGCAUAUGUUUUGUUACGUAGUACUACAAUAUUACGCAUAACCCAAGUGGCCUUACGAAACUGUAACAAACAAACAAAAACAAAGUGUCAUUUUCAUGCAUGCAGGAUCCGGACAUGGAGUUUUCCGUGAACAAAUACCCUUAAUUAAAUUUUUCUUCAAACAGAAAUAAGAAUAUAUUUUCAAAAAUUUUACCGAAAAAUAUAUGUUCAAAAAGGCGAUUUGUCUGUUCUUUUAAAGUUAAAAUUAAGUUAAAAUCUCCGGUGCAGAAAGCGUCCUUACUGCAUGAUACCACGAUACAAUAAUUUGAUCGAUCCGUACUUUCUUGAUUUCAGUACUAGUCAGUUGAUUGGUCUAGUGUUAUUCUCAUGUCACCAAAUCUCUUAGUGUAAAUAUUAACUUCCAUGAAAGUCAGCGGUACAAAAUAUUACUCCCUCCCAUUUUAAUACUUAACCUUUUAGAAGAAUUUUCUUUUGUUCCAAUCCAAAUUACAUAAGUUAUUAAUUUUCUAUGUAAAAUAUGUUAAAAAUUUAUGAUAUAUGAUCAAUGAUAUUAUGGUUAGAAGAAUAAUUAAUUAUGAUUUUGUUUAGAAUAUGUAAGAAAUUAAUACAUUAAUAAUUUAUGUAAUUUUAAUUUAUAUGCACAAUUCAAAAACAUCAUCUAUUAAAAACGAAUUGAGUAAAAAUAAUAAAAAAGAAAAUGAUAUGAAUCUUUGAAAUAUCUAAUACUUAUGUUAUAUAAUUGGCAUAAAAUCAUUAUACUGAUUAAUAACUACAUUUGGUUUGAAAAUUCAUGUGCACUCACACAAAAAGUUCAUUUCACAGACGUUCUCUGUUAUAAUAUCAGGAAAAAACAAAAACAAAAACAAAACAAAAAACUUUUAGUUACAUUUUCAAUUUCGUCGAGUUAUAACACAUGAAUCACAUCUAUAUUAUUCUAAAAUGCUACUGGAAUAUUUUAAAGCUGGCAGUAUUCAUUUUUUGUGUGUUGGAGAUUCCGAGACGGCCAGUUUCAUCCCCCCUAAGGGACAGGCAGGUGCUUCAUCCCAUAGCUUCUGCGUCUUUUUUUUUCUUUUUUGGACAAAGCUUCUGCGUCUCUCUUUAAGGAAACGAGAGAUUAUUAUAAAUUCAUAAUCAGCCCAACGUUCGGAAAUAUAGAUUCAUUCCUCGCUGUUCGACACUGCUACUCCACGUGCAAUUUAAUUGUAACCAGAAACCUACAAAAUUUCUCUUGACGAAGGUUCAUUGUGGUUAACUCACCGUCCUGGGGACAUAAAUAUCAAAAUCAUAACGAGAAGAGUGUAGCAAAAUGUGUAGGUAAAGAGUGAAGGGUUAAAUACUUUUUCUUAUUUUACAUCUCGUAUCGUAUAUUAUGGGAAAGAAUAUAUUAUUAUUCACUACUGAGCUGUCUAGCUGGUGGCAGUAUCGUGUAGGGUAUCACCCUAGUCCAUUUUGGAUUGCAUGCAAUGUAAUGGGCUAUAAUGAAGAAAAAAGUGAAGUUACAGUUUGUUCAUUGCCAAAAUAGUCCAUCAAACUUUGCAUGAGCUAGGUUAUCUCUUUGAUUUUUUUUUUUUUUAAAUAUCUAUAGUUAAAAAAAUAUUUCUUGUGACAAAAAAGUGAAGCUGUUCUUACAAAACAAAAUUUACUUUCAUUAAUUAUUAUUUUAUUUAUACAUAUAUUUAUGUAAGACAUAUAAUUGGAUUGCAAAUUUUUUUUAUAUAGAUUAUAUAAAUAAAUAAAUAUCUAUAUAUAUAUAUAUAUAUGUGUAUAUCUGUCUGAAAGCAUAACUAAGUAAAUUAUAUAUAUAUAUAUUUAUAUAUAUAUAUAUAUUUAUAUGUGUUGUUUGGAUAAUUUUUAUGUUUUAAAAUAGAGAUCUAUGUUUUGUAAUAGAUUGGUGCACAAAAAAGAAGUUUGUAAUAGAAUUUUAUGUAUAAAUAUGUUUAUUUUGGAAUCACCUUUUAAUUAUUAAAUAUAAUUUUAUAAAUGAUUAGAAAAUAAAUAGUAAAUCUUAUAUUAGAAAAAUCAAAAAUCUAAUUUUUUUCUUUCAAUUUCAUUAAAAAGAAAAUUAAUUUAGAAUACUAAUAAUUUGAGAUUUACACUGCCGCCAAAUAAUCUUUUUUAUGUUUAUUUUUUUUAAGUUUUUGCUCGCAAUGAUGAAUUAAGAGAAACUAUGGAGUGGACUAUGAAGUCGUCUUUGUUUGCUAAGCAGUCAAUAACUUUGACUUUCUUUACUCUGAGUCGUCGUCGUCGUAGACUCGUAGUCGUCUUCUUCUUCUAGCUUUUAGUCCUAAAUUUAUUUAUUUUUUUCAGCUCCCCGAUCCAGUUUUGCUACUUCGCUUCUUCGUUUCUCUAUUCAAUUUGUUCAACUUCUGAACAAAGAUUUUGUUUGUGAUCCUACACAAAGAUCUCAAAGUGGAGAAGCCACGUGGAUGUUUUAAUCUCUUUGAGAGAAUGAAGUGUUUCUUAUUCCCUCAUGCUGACAAGAAAGAUGAACAGAGGAGUCCUAAACCGGUUUCACCCCUCUCUGACCGUGCUGGAUUAACCAAAACCGGUUCAGAUAGCUCUGGAACCAGCACGGUAUCAUCAUCCAACCCGACCUUGCCCACUAGAGAAAAUAGCCUCAGAGAGUUCACAGUUGCUGAUCUCAAAUUCGUUACAAGGAACUUCAGCCGCUCUGUUAUGAUAGGCGAAGGCGGUUUCGGUUGUGUCUACUGGGGCACCAUCAAGAGCCUACAAGACCCUUCAAAGAAAAUCGAAGUCGCUGUUAAGCAGCUUGGCAAGAGAGGCUUGCAGGGUCAUAAAGAAUGGGUGACGGAAGUGAACUUUCUCGGGGUAGUGGAGCAUCAAAACUUGGUGAAACUGUUGGGUCAUUGCGCAGAAGACAAUGAACGUGGGAUUCAAAGGCUUUUGGUUUAUGAGUAUAUGCCAAACCAAAGCGUUGAGUUCCAUUUAGCUCCAAGUUCACCCACUGUGCUUACUUGGGACCUCAGGUUGAGAAUAGCUCAAGACGCAGCUCGGGGUUUAACAUACCUCCAUGAAGAAAUGGACUUUCAAAUAAUAUUUAGAGAUUUCAAGUCAUCCAACAUUUUACUAGACGAGGAUUGGAGAGCAAAGCUUUCAGAUUUCGGUUUGGCUCGGUUAGGUCCUGCACCAGGAUCAACUCAUGUUUCUACUGGUGUAGUAGGAACAUUGGGCUACGCAGCUCCAGAAUAUAUCCAAACCGGUCGUCUCACAUCAAAAAGUGACGUAUGGGGUUAUGGAGUUUUCAUGUAUGAGCUCAUUACAGGAAGGAGACCUCUAGACAAGAACAUGCCUAAAGGAGAGCAAAAGCUUUUAGAAUGGGUGAGACCUUACUUAACCGACACUAAGAGGUUUAGGCUCAUUAUAGACCCGAGGCUUGAAGGCAAAUACUCGAUUAAAUACGUCCAGAAACUAGCGGUUGUAGCCAACCUUUGCCUUACUAGGAACUCAAAGGCACGUCCAAAGAUGAGUGAGGUGUUGGAGAUGGUGACAAAGAUUGUUGAAGAUUCUUCGUCUAGGAAUGGUGGUAAGAAGAGGCAGAUGGUUCCGUUGAGGAGUCUAGGAGCUUCUAGAGCUGAGGAAGAGAAGCAGAAGAAGGUGGUUCUUGAUGGUGGCGAAGGAGGUUGGUUAGAUAAAUUAUGGAACCCAAAGAAUGUGAGAGCUUGUUGAUUGGGGUAAAGUUUAAUACAACUUUAGUACAUUGUAGCCUUUGCUUAUUUUUGUAAUUCAACAAAUUCAAAUGUUUUCUGUUUUGCUAAUUUAAUAUUUGUAGCUUAAAUGUUGGUGUGGGGUUUUCAUAUUGAGCAUAUAACUGAUUAAUAUUAAAAAAAAGACAUAUAACUAUGUUUUGUCUGAUUUAAAUUAAUGAUUGUUAUUAGUAAAA